AUGGUCACCUCCCAACCCCAUCUUUACAGCUUCCCCGACACCGAGACCCUGGCCAAGCAAUUGCGGCCGUACGUCUUGCGCUGUCAAAAUGCCGCCCUCGCCCGCCACAAUACCUUCCGCGUCGCCGUCUCCGGCGGCUCCCUGCCCGUCGUCCUAGCCAAGGCCCUCUUAGCCGACAGCAAUGGCUCCCCCGAAGAUACACCCCAGUUCAGCAAAUGGAAUAUCUUCUUCGCCGACGAGCGCGCCGUGCCCCUCGACGACAAGGACAGCAACUACCUCCUCCUGAAGGACGAGCUGCUCAGCAAAAUCCCCGCGGAGCUCGGUGCUCCGACCAUCCACCCCAUCGACGAGAAGCACGUCCGCGACGGUGACACCCAGGCAUUGGCCGACGUUUACCAGGAGGACCUGAUGCGCUCUUUUGCUGCUAAGGAAAGCGUCAAGCUACCCGUCUUCGACCUCAUUCUGCUGGGCUGUGGUCCUGAUGGCCACACCUGCAGUCUGUUCCCGGGUCACGAGCUCCUGCGCGAAAAGGAUGCCUGGGUGGCUGCCGAGACUGAGUCUCCCAAGCCCCCGCCCAAGCGUAUCACCCUGACCCUCCCUGUGGUCACCUCUGCUUUGAACAUUGCUUUUGUGGCGACCGGUGGGGGUAAGAAGGAAAUCUUGAAGGCCAUCUUCGAUAAUGAGGAGGGCCACAGCUUGCCCUCGGCUCUGGUGAACCAGGGCGCCGGUGAGAAGGUCAGCUGGUUCACUGACCACCCUGCUGUGGAGGGCAUUGCUUUCCCUCGUCGUGGAAGCCUGUGA